AUGUAUGCUUCGAUCGUCCUGGUUGGUGGUGAAGAGAGUGUCAAUACUCUUCGUCGAAAUAAUCGUGCUCUUCAUUAUGUACGGGAAGCGUUCGGCCAUCUCAAGGCUAUUGGAGCUUUGCACGAAGCUGUUGCAUUCGUCAAGGACGCUUGCCAGCUUCUCGGUAUGACCUUUUCUGAGGGAAGUGAUGCAAUCGACUCCUACGGUGUCGUUACCAUAGGCAAGACCGAGGCCAUCAGCUUCAAGGAUACCGUGGAACUGGUAAAGGGUGCUAAGGAUUUCACCACGGCAUUCUCGUAUGCCAUGUCGCAGCUCAAGAACUACCAGCGCGAGCUUGAUGGCUUGGCUAGUAUGGUGGCUUAUUGA